AAACACAACUGCACUCUGUACCUCGCAUGCAUGGCACGCUGCAACAAUAACAAAACCUCCCAUCAUGCUCUUCGGCGAGAUCACGUUACCCGGCGUGCUUGGUAGCUGUCGCGAUCUGUGGCAGAGAAGAUGGCUACCGGAACUGGGAAACACAAGCUGUUGAAUGUUGGCCCAACAGAACCAUGGUCUAUUCGGGAGAAACUCUGUCUUGCUUCUUCGGUCAUGCGGAGUGGAGACCAGAACUGGGUAUCAGUGAGUCGUGCCAUCAAGCCCUUUGCAGAGUCAGGUCGCCCUCCUGAUUGGUUUUCUCAAAAGCACUGUGCCUCACAGUAUUCUGAACUUUUGGAGACUACAGAAACCCCAAAGCGAAAAAGAGGGGAAAGAGGUGAAGUGGUUGAGACGGUGGAGGAUGUUAUUGUACGGAAACUGACAGCUGAAAGAAUUGAAGAGCUGAAAAAAAUUAUUAAAGAGACUCAGGAAAAAUACAGGAAACUGAAGAAAGAAGCAGAGCUUAUUCAAAGCGGCCACUUGGACAGCAAGCUGGAGGACCUGUGGAAUGAAAAGUUGGCCAAAAAGAAGCAGGAGGAAGAAGAGGCAGAAAUGAAAAGAAAAGCCACAGAGGCUGCAUAUCAAGUUCGUCUGGCAGCAAAGAACAUUCCACGCAGAACUAGCACAAUGGGCCGCUCCUCUCUAGGAUCCUCAUCACCAGGAGGAGAUUUUGGCUUGGUGGACUUGGCACCGAAUAACAAUGAGGAGGGAAGUGUGGGGGUAAGUGUGGGGUCAUUGUCGAGCAAUCCUGUUCCGACUUUCAUUGGGAUUCCCGAUACCCCUCCUCCUGCUUCUGCCCCCCCGGAAUCCCUGUUUUCCCCUGUGAAGGAUGACUCUCCCCAGAAAAAGAUGGCGGGACAGAAAGCAACUUCUCCCACUUCCCCGCUGCUCUCGGAGCUCCUGAAGAAAGGCAGUCUGUUGCCUUCAAGUCCCCGGCUGGUGAGUGAAGUUGAAAUGGGUAUAACAACUGGCAACAGUUCGAGUGUUCUGAUGGAUGUUGGAGUUUUGCCAGCUCUUCAUGGUGUCGAUAUACAUGCUGUAGCAGGGACAAUUCCGGCUUCACCAGCUGCUUCGGGUGCUCCCACUCUGUCCCGGCUUCUAGAAGCUGGUCCUGCACACUUCGCUGCUCCUCAUAUUUCAUUUUCUGCUGCUGCCACUGAAUCUUCGUCUAAAUCUUUGUUGGCUCCUAUAGAGUCUCAGGCAACUAUUGUAAUGAUGUCAGCUUUGCCAAUGACUCCUGCUGCCCCAGUGACUCAGCAAGACAGCAACGACUCUGCUUCAGAUCUUCACUCCGUCUCCGUAUCCAUGGACAGCAGUGACAUCUCCAUGAUAAUAGAAUCGAUCAACAAAGAGUGCUUGGCAAGUAGUGAUGGGGUUGGACAGUCCAAGGAUGAAAACUCCGAAGGCAAAGCAGAUUUGGACCUUUCUGAGAAAUUGGACAUGGAAGAACUUGACUUUGAAACUGUUGGAGACAUAAUUGCCAUUAUCGAAGACAAGGAUGACCAUCCAGAGGUAUUGGAUGUGGCUGCAGUUGAAGCCGCACUCUCUUUCUGUGAGGAAAAUGAUGACCCCCAAGCACUUCAAGGUCCCUGGGAUCAGCCUGUCCAGGAACAUACAGCUAAUAGAGAUACAUUAGGACACUCAUUAAUUUCAGGGGCCAAAGAGUCAGAAAGUAUAAUGAACAUCAUAGAAAUGAGUAAUGAAAUAAAAGUUGAGCCUUCAGAGCCUGACCUGGAGCCUGACCUGGAGCCAACUCUGGAGGAGGCUACUUCUCAACAACCUCUUUAUCUUGGACACACUGAAGACCUGGAAGGACAAAGAGGAAACACUGAAAAUGGGCCUGUCAAGGAAGAGGAAGUAGACCAAGUCAAAACAGAGGAGCCUUAUACUGAAGCACCCCAGAGCCAGGUAUUCCCAAAGGAAGAGGAGUCUGAGAUGGGAAUAGAGCAAACACCAAUAAUAACUGAUGCAGUUAAAUCAGAGCCGCAACCAGGCAGCCAUCACAAGGACUCGCAAGGGGAAGAAGAGGAAGAAGAUGUGACAAGUGAACCGGGGAGCCCAGAAGAACCAAAGGAAGAAGAACCCGGAGAGGAGUAUCUGUCUGAGAUGGAUAAUGAGCCACCAAUAAGUGAAAGUGACGACGGCCUUAGUAUUCAUAAUGCACAACUUCAGUCCCACACACUGGCUGAUUCUAUUCCAAGCAGUCCAGCAUCUUCCCAGUUCUCCAUUUGCAGUGAAGAUCAAGAGGCAAUACAAGCUCAGAAGAUCUGGAAAAAGGCCAUUAUGUUGGUAUGGAGAGCAGCAGCUAACCACAGAUAUGCCAAUGUUUUCCUGCAACCGGUGACAGAUGAUAUAGCUCCUGGCUAUCACAGCAUUGUACACAGACCUAUGGAUUUAUCUACAAUAAAGAAAAACAUUGAGAAUGGUUUGAUCCGGAGCACUGCAGAGUUUCAACGAGAUAUUAUGCUCAUGUUCCAGAAUGCAGUGAUGUAUAAUAGUUCUGACCAUGAUGUGUAUCACAUGGCUGUCGAAAUGCAGAGAGAUGUAUUGGAGCAGAUACAGCAAUUCCUGGCCACCCAGUUAAUCAUGCAGACAUCAGAAUCAGGCAUAAGUGCAAAAAGUCUAAGAUUUCGAGAUUCAACACGCAAGCAAGAUGCUUCAGAGAAGGACAGUGUCCCCAUGGGCUCUCCUGCCUUCCUUCUCUCUCUCUUUGACGGAGGUACUCGUGGUCGCCGUUGCGCUAUUGAAGCAGAUAUGAAAAUGAAGAAGUGAGCUGUAACCAUCUGAAAACUGUUGCUAUGGUGAUCAAACGCUUUGUUAGGAAUAGAAGAAGCACAAGAGACUGGCAUUUAUCAUAAGCAAAUUCCUCUCACCUAUUAGACUUGUGAUGCUGUGAAUAUAUUGUGAAUAACUUGUACAUACUGUACAGUAAACACUUUUUAAAUAUCUUUUUUAAUUAUGUUUUGACUAUAAAUGUAAUUGAAUAUGCCAAUUGGUGCAGUUUGCACUUUUGUUAUAAAGUAUAGUACACUCUAGGCUUGUGUAUUUAUAUAAAGCCACACUGCUCCGGAGGAAUCAUUUUCCUUACUGGACUAUGUGAGAAUUCUUUGAUCUGUGUUCAUAUUUUCUCCCACUGUGUUUUUUGAACUUAGAAUAUUUAUGCAAUGCUUUAGCAAGUGAUUGUUAUUAUUUUGCUCCUUGGCAGAACUCAUAUUAACAUCAGGAAAUAAAGAUGCAUUCGUAUAUAA